AGGUGCUACCGCGCCUGCGCGCUGCGGCGCUCCCUGCCGGCGCGCGGCGGCACCGGGGCUCUUAAAGGCGCCGCGCCCCCGGUACCGACCGCGGCCGCCGGUACCGGGAUGGAGGCGGCGGCCACAACGGCGGCUCCCGGCUGGCGCUGCCGGCCGGGGGGACGGCUGGACAUGAGCCACGGCUUCGUGCGGCACAUCCGCCGCAACCAGCUCGCCAGGGACGCGUACGACCGCGCGGUGCGGCAGGCGCGGGGCCGAGCGCGGACGCGGCUGAUCCCGGGCCCGGCGCGGCCCCGGCGGCCCGACCAGCAGGUGUACCGACCGCACCGGGGCGGCGGUGAGCGGGAACGGGGGGGAACCGGGGGGAUCAGCAGGGGAGGACAGGGAGAGUGCCCUGGGGGGGUCCCUGGGGACAGUGGGGGUGACAUGGAGAAGUGGGCUCCCCCCUGGGUGCGCUCCUGGGGCAGUGGGCUCCCCCCUGGGUGCGCUCCUGGGGCAGUGGGCUCCCCUGGGUGGGCUCCUGGGGCAGUGGACUCCCCUGGGUGGGCUCCUGGGGUGGUGGGCUCCCCCCGGGUGGGCUCCCCGGAGCCGCGGCGGGCAGGGCGGGUGACACGGCUGUCGCAGGGGGACAGCGCCGAGGAGGUGACACGCCGGGUGUGCGCCCGGAGCCCGCUGGAGCCGCCGCUGCGCCGGGCGCUGUGCCAGCGCGUGCAGGACGAGCUCAGCAAGCGCCGGGGCACCGGGUGACACCGCCACCGCCCCCGGACACGGCCACCCCCCU